AUGGGCCGCCCCCUCGACACCUACGACCACAUCGCCAUCGCCUCCCUCGCGAUCUACUCCUUCUUCCUCAUCGGCGCCGUCUACCUCUGCAUCAAGCACGGCUUCAAGCGCUCCAGCGGGUGGCGCUUCCUCAUCAUCCUCGCGCUCGCGCGCAUCAUCGGCGACGCGCUGCGCCUGGCCACCAUCUCGGACCCGACCAACGAGAGCCUCUACAUCGGCUGGAUGACGCUCAACGGCCUGGGGCUCGGCCCGCUGAUCCUCGUGCUGCUGGGCCUGCUCGACCGCGUCUUCGACUCCAUCAACCGCCAGGGCCACGUCGUCGUCAAGCCCAUGUACCAGCGCAUCCUCAACCUCCUCAUGCUCGUCGGCAUCAUCCUCCUCAUCGUCGGCGGCACGCAGUCUGAUUUCCACGUCGGCGCCGACGGCCAGCCCAAGAUUGACUACUCUGCGGCCAGCAAGGCCGGCACGGGCAUCUUCGUCGCCGCCACCGCCCUACUGUGCCUCGAGACGCUGCUGGCGUUUCAGAACCAGGGAUACGUCUCCGAGGGCGAGCACCGCAUUAUCCUCGGCGUCGUGGCGUCGCUGCCGUUUGUGAUCGUGCGGCUCGCGUACUCGUGCCUCUUGGUCUUUGGCGGCAAGACGUCCACCGUCUGGCUGUACCUGGGGCUGCUCGUCAUCAUGGAGAUGGUCGUCGUGCUCAUCUGCGAGGUGCUUGGCUUCACGCUUGACAAGGCGCCGCCGAAGCCGCCCAAGGACGACCAGGAGAUGCAGCUGCGCGAGCGCGAGCUCCGCGAGACUGGCUCCUACACUCGCAAGUAG